AUGGAGAACAAAGCCAUGUACCUGCACGCCACCGUGAGCGACCGCGACUCCAGCUCCAUCUUUGAGGAGCCCUUUGAUGGCAGGAGCCUGUCCAAGCUGAACCUGUGUGAGGAUGGUCCAUGCCACAAAGGGCGAGCAGGUGGCUGCUGUACCCAGCUGGGCUCCCUGUCAGCCCUGAAGCAUGCAGUCCUCGGGCUCUACCUGCUGGUCUUCCUGGUUCUCGUGGGCAUCUUCAUCUUAGCAGUGUCCAGGCCCCGGAGCUCCCCGGACGACCUGAAGGCGCUGACUCGGAAUGUGAACCGGCUGAACGAGAGCUUCCGGGACUUGCAGCUGCGGCUGCUGCAGGCCCCGCUGCAGGGAGAGCUGAGCGAGCAGGUGUGGAAGGCUCACGACGCGCUGCAGAACCAGUCGGACUCGCUGCUGGCGCUGGCAGGCGCGGUGCAGCGCCUGGAGGGGGCGCUGUGGGGGCUGCAGGCCCAGGCGGCGCAGAGCGAGCAGGCGGUGGUCCUGCUGCGGGAGCGCUCGGCCCAGCAGAGCGACGCGGCGCAGCUGGAGCUCUACCAGCUGCAGGUGGACGGCAACCGCAGCCAGCUGCUGCUGCGGCGCCACGCCGGCCUGCUGGACGGGCUGGCGCGCCGGGUGGGCGCCCUGAGCGACGAGUUGGCGGACGUGGGCGGCGCGCUGCGCGGCCUCAACCUCAGCCUGUCCUACGACGUGGCCCUGCAGGGCACGCGGCUGCGGGACCUGCGCGUGCUGGUGAGCAACGCCAGCGAGGACGCGCGCCGCCUGCGCCUGGCGCACCGGGGCUUGGAGCUGCAGCUCAAGCAGGAGCUGGCCGUGCUCAACGGUAUCACCGAGGACCUACGCCUCAAGGACUGGGAGCACUCCAUCGCGCUGCGCAACAUCUCCCUGGCCAAAGGACCACCAGGCCCCAAAGGUGAUCCAGGGGAUGCAGGGAAAGAAGGCGAGCCUGGAAUCCCUGGCCUACCUGGACUUCGAGGUCUACCAGGGGAGAGAGGGACCCCAGGACUGCCUGGCCCCAAGGGCGACGAAGGGAAGCUGGGAGCCAGUGGACCAAUGGGCAUGCGUGGCUUCAAAGGUGAUCGAGGCCCAAAAGGGGAAAAAGGAGAGAAAGGAGACAGAUCAGUGGAUGCCAGUGGCGUGGAGGCGGUGAUGGUGCGGCUGGUGAACGGCUCGGGCCCGCACCAGGGCCGCGUGGAGGUGUACCAUGAGCGGCGCUGGGGCACCGUGUGUGACGAUGGCUGGGACAAGAAGGACGGGGACGUGGUGUGCCGCAUGCUGGGUUUCCCUGGCGCCGAGGACGUGCACCGCACCGCUCAGUUCGGACAAGGCACAGGGAGAAUUUGGAUGGACGAUGUCGCCUGCAAGGGUACCGAGGAAAGCAUCUUCCGCUGCAGCUUCUCCAAGUGGGGGGUGACAAACUGCGGGCACGCUGAGGAUGCUGGCGUGACGUGCAAGAGACACUAA